UGCGGGUUUCCGGUCGGCAGCGAGGCGACGCGUCGGUCCCCUCGAUGCAGCGCGCAAGAGCCCAGUGUGUAUCGCCGCUGCGCUCAUGCUAGCCCGCAGCUUUGUCGCCAAGUCCAGAGAGCCUCGUCUAUUGUCGUACGCGGCCGCCGCCUAGGAUUACGAUCAUUGGACGCCGACGAGGAACCCACAACAGGUAAGCCACGCUGGCCCCGGCGCUCUCUUACUCCUCCCGAGCGAUCGGUUCUAGUCUCUGCGACCGCAGCGCCGUUUCACGAGCUGCGGCCAAAAGGCGGGACCCGGUGGUGGCAUGGCCCGAGCAGGCUGGCUGCAGCAGCGUCGGCAGCAGCAGCAGCAGCGCCAUGUGGGGCGGCCAGCCUAGCGCGGGGGGCCCCGGCCGCUGGGACACCGGCGGGAGCGUGGUCGAAGCCCUGAAGGCGGCGGCGCCGGGGGCACCCCAGGCGCCGCCGCCGCCGCAGGGGCCACAGGGGCCGCAGCAGGGGCCCCCGCAGCAGCAGGGCGGCAUGGGGGGGCCCUGCGGCGUGGGACCCUGCGGAGGCCCCUGCGGCCAGCAGGAGGGGCAGCAGCACGCCCUGUACCAGACGCAGCAGUACGAGGAGGCCGGGGCCCGCUGCUGCGCCGGCUGCGGCACCAAGAUCCUAGACCGGUACCUGCUGCACGCGCUGGACCGCUACUGGCACAACGGCUGCCUCAAGUGCUCCUGCUGCCAGGCCACGCUGGCCGACAUCGGCAUGUCCUGCUUCGCCAAGGCCGGCAUGAUCCUCUGCAGGAACGACUACAUCAGGUUGUUUGGCACGUCGGGCGCCUGUUCGGGCUGCGGCCAGAUGAUCCCGGCCAACGACUACGUGAUGCGGGCCGCCCAAAAUGUCUACCAUGUCAAGUGCUUUGCCUGCGUCAAGUGCCACAGCCAGCUGGUGCCCGGCGACCGGUACAACUUGGUCAACGGGAGCGUGCUCUGUGAGCAGGACUGCCUCAAGAUGCUCAAGGGCUCGCCAGCCACUGUGCGCAAGGGCAAAGUGCGUGCCGCCAUCAAGGUCUGAUGGCCUGUCCGCCACACCACCCCCUGCAGCAACCGCACAUCGCCACGCCUUUCGCCUCUGCCCCUUUCCCCUUCCCCUCACCCUCCCCCCGACCCCCCCACCUCCACGCCCCACGGUUUCUUGCGGCAACUGCGCGUGCGCCAACAUUUGACGAGAACCACGACGGAGCCCGCUUGCCAUCGACGACAGCACUGGUCGACCCGCCAUCGGCGCAGCCUUCCUUCGAAGACUCCUAACGACAAAUCGAGACGGACUGGUUGUCAUUGCAGCCACACGAAGUGUACGACGAUCCAGCCUGCACAAAAUUCGUCGCCGUUUGGGACAGGAAACCACUCAACGGUGUACAGGACAACGGUUUCUUGCCGUGUCCUUUGACCGAGGGAAACUAAUUGGCACACUCAUAGAAGGGAAGAGGAACUCAGAAUCAAUCGAGGAUCUCGAUCUUUCACGUUCUGACUCACUCGCACGCGAAUGCCCAUACCUCGGACUGUCGGCCUGGGUGGGGCACGUCGCCGUCAUCUAACAAUUCUCAACGUGGGUUGGCCAAGAAGGCUCAGUGCAAGUUUUCCAUCAUCCCAUAGUUGGUUUGCAAUAAGAGGAGGCUGAGAAGGUUAAUGCGAAAGGAGGGGAAAAAGGCAGAGAGGCGUGAAUGCUCACGCGGCUGAAGCACUUCUCAUCAGACACGCACACCAACAAAACAUCCAGCGUCAACUUUUUUUUUUUGUCUCUUUUCAGCGUCAAGCAAGAGAAACGGUUCUCCCUGUCCCAUGAUUUAUGUUUUUGUACAUACCAGCUGCUUUUGAGUUGCACAGGUUGAGAUCUGAAUCACCUCCGAGAGAUCAGUCUGAGAACAAUAACAGAAAUCGGUUUUGCGGCUUUUCUGUUUCUGUUUGUUUCCAUACAUGUGGCAGCUUACUCCUUGGUUGAGGUUGAAGGCCGUUUGGGGAGGCUUAGCAAUGCAAUCUGACACUCAAAACGCUAUGCAAUGACAAGUGACAGCAAAGCUGACACCAACAUGCCAUGAUAGGCAAUCUCUGAGGGGAAAUAAAACCAGCGGGAAAGCAUUAUAUUUGGAUCACAAAGGAAGGCUAGAUAUGCUUAGAAGUGUAAGAACUUUGUUUUCCUGUUAUUGCUUCUCUUUUGUUCAGAGAGAGAGAGAAAGCUUGCGCACAAAAUGGGGAUCCUGAUUUGUUGUUGUUUUGCAGCACUCCCCGACAAACAUGCAUGAAAAAUCAAUCCAAGUUUGUUUUUUUUUUUUCUUUUUUUUUGCUGUUGAAAGCGGUCUGCAAGUCACAUAUGCUUUGUUUUGUGACACGCAUUUCUGAAUUCCGAAAGAGGCGAACGGAAUUAAUGUCGGCAACAAUAAUGUCAGCACCCCAGGGACAUCGACUAAGCAAUAUGGCCUAACCUGUCUGCCUCUGUGAAGACCAUGUGUGGAUGUGCGGUCAAGAUUUUCAUCAUUAUUUCGUGCAUGUGGGGCUAGCUGCACACCAAAUCAAUAAGUUGUCUGUUCUCUCAAGCAGUACGAAGAUUGUGACGAUGAAACAAACUACGGACGUGCUCAUCAGCCCCUGCCUCCACUUUCAUCUUUCGGCUUUCUGUUGUUACCCCGAAGCGAGAAAGACUGACUCUCUUCCCCUACAGAGGGAGGGGGAAGUGAAGCGACCCCUCAGCAUCAUUGUUUAAAGACCACAGUCACUUUUUUUUUUUUUUAGUUUUACCAUGUAAUAAGGAGUACUAAUUACCAUUGCGCCUCUAGUUUUUUCGUUACUUCAUUUUGUGCCCUUCAAUCUUUUUGUCCGUCAUUUACCUGAAGGAGGGAACCUCUUCUUUCUUUUUUUUUUUCUCUUAUUUUCAAUACAAAAAGUUUUUCUUUGCCCACUCUGCUGUCAAUAUAUAAAUAUAUAUACAAACAUUUUAUUUGAAAUAAAAGGUUCAACUGCUGUGUAA